AUGAAUUCACUGGGCAAUAAUCGCUAUCAGAUGCUCUUCAUUGAUGAUGAGCCCGACGACUUUGAAGCUGGCCAACGCAAUUUGGACGGUGGACAGCAGAAGACCAAACAACAGCUCAAGAACAACAAAAAAUUGUUCACUGGCAGCGAUAAGACCAAGGGCAUUGUGGUGAACAAUAAGAACAAGAAAUUGGUUGCCAACAUAAUGAAGACAAUGCCAGGUCCAGUGCAGCAACAACAACAAGAGCAACUACAGUGUCAUCAGUGCAUGAGCUACAUGAAUAACAACAACAACAACAACAUCAGCAACAACAAUAGAAAGUAUGUGCACCCAACUCGCAACGUCACAGAGUCCAAGGCAUAUGGUGCAGCCACUGGUGGCAGCAACAAUAGCAACAACAACAACAAUCGCCGCUUGGAGAAAAGUGAGUUUGAUCGUCAUUCGGGCUCCGAUAAGACGGGCGUCAAGGCUGUUGCCAAACAGAAUGGGGCCAAAGUUAAGCAGCAUAUGGGUACAACACCAUAUAACGAUACAGCAACCGCCAAUGCUAAUAAUGAGGAUGAGGAUGUCAAGUAUAUAACUAUCAAGGAAUAUGAGGCAAUGCGCUCUGAACGUCUCAAGCCCGUCUUUAACAUUCGCAAGGCCGGCGAGGGGGAGAUGGAGAGGCCCGACUGGAAACAGAUGACCGUCUUGCAGAAGAAGAAGACCAACGCAAUCAAUUCCGAGACGAACGCACUCGGCUACGAUGCCUCCAUGUAUCCUCAGCGUUGGCGCCGCCAACAGCGCGUCGACAUCGAGUUGAAGUUCAAUUACAAUGCCCAUUACAAGGGACAGUACCGCAGACGUCCGUCGAUCGGCCAGGUCGAGGCUGGCCACGGUGAGCAACAACCUGUCGAUUUGCAAGAUAAAUCUGAGUUUCCCACACUAUGCCGAUGUUAA